UACAGGACCUGAAGCGACACCUUCACACGCAUUAUCAGCCUCUCCUUCAUUCAAGACGUCUCGCUUUCUCUCUCUGCAGUCUCUCUGCUUCACUCUCUCUGUUUAGCGGUCUGUUCUGUAGAAGCAGUAGAGGAACAUCAUGUGGUGGGCAGCAGAGGGGUUUCUCUAAGCACUGCAGUGGAUCUGUUAUGGAGUUCAACUCGUCAUCUGUGUUUGAGCAGCACAAAGAUGCUGCUGAGGAGGUUGAUCUGAAUAUGGUGUACCAGGCAGCAGCAAAUGGUGAUGUCAACUUGCUGACUGCCACCAUACGAGAGGACCCCUCCAUCCUUGAGUGCUGUGAUGGUGAAGGCUCCACCCCUCUGAUGCAUGCAGUUUCCGGGAGACAGGUAGAUACGGUGAAACUUCUGAUGAAGAUGGGAGCUUCCAUCAAUACGCAAGAUGCCUGUGGACGGACAUCCCUCUCUCUAGCUACAUACCUGGGUUGGCUGGAAGGCUGUGUGUGUUUGCUUCGGAAUGGGGCGAAACAGAACAUUCCUGAUAAGAAUGGACGUUUGCCAAUUCAUGCUGCUACUGCUGAAACUGACUUCAGACUCAUGGCUGUGCUACUACAGCAGUCAACACUGUGUGAAAUAAAUCAUCAAGAUAAUGAGGGAAUGACAGCUCUUCAUUGGGCGUCUUUUCAUAACCGACCAGAGCAUGUGCAGGCCCUGCUGCAGAAGGGAGCCGAUCCAACACUUGUGGACAAAGACUUUAAGACAGCUCUGCACUGGGCUGUGCAGAGUGGCAGUCGGUUAAUGUGUUCCCUCAUUCUUGAGCAUCAUCUGGGCUCGUCUGUGAUCAAUUACGAUGAUGAGAAUGGGAAGACAUGCGUUCAUAUCGCCGCAGCUGCGGGAUUCAGUGACAUCAUUUAUGAACUGUCUCGCAUUGCUGAGACCAAUCUGCAGGCUCUAGAUGUGGAUGAGCGGACCCCUCUUCACUGGGCCGCAGCUGCAGGUAAAGAUGAUUGUGUGCAGGUGUUGUUGGAGUUGGGAGUGGAGCCCAGCCCUCGAGAUAUUAAUGAGAACACACCACUCACAUAUGCCAUGUACUGCGGUCAUACAGCCAGCAUCAAACUCCUCUCCACUGAAAACAGGUCUGAGUCAAGUAGGCCAUCGAACAGCAGCUCUUCUAUACGCAAGGAGGGGAAAUUCCGCAUGCUGAACCACAUCUUCUGCAAAAAGAAGAAAGAGCUGCACCCUUCACAGCAGACAGACUUGAGUCAAGAGUGUCAACUCAAAGAGGAAACAUCUGAAGUGGAUGACAUCGUAACAAUGUUCGAUUGUCUCGCUGAACUCAAAAGAGACGAGAGUGAAAACGGCUCUACUGUCAGAAAACGAAACGAUGAGUCUGAGAAAGCCCAGCUGGUCGAGGACGCUUCCAGUAAGGAUUUCAAAAGUCUCCCACCUAUACGCACACAGAGUCUUCCUCCGAUCAUGCUGGGAAAGACGUUGCUGGUGAAUACACAGGCCCACAGAACCGCCUCAGGUCAUGUGGUUGGACAUUUAGCACAUAGGUCGCAGAAGAGCAAGAGCGAGCAUGACCUAUUUGAUGGUAAAACUAAGGCUCAAAUAGCUCUCGGACAGGCAUGGAAGACUGAAUCCAAUCAAAUACUGAGUCACAAGGCGUGGAUCUCAGCUCCAUCUGAUCGUCUGCUUGAUAAACUACUGCAUGAAACUUCAAGUCCUUUAAAUGUGCUGUGCUCAAAUCACAUACCAUACAUACAGAGAAAUGACCAGGCUCAAAAUCAUCUUUUACCUCUGAAGGUUAGAGAAUCUGCCCUCAUACGAAACAGUCUCGCUCCAAUCCGUGACCACUGCACACACAGAUUUUCGUUGCCACCCGACCAGGUCUCCCAGGGAGUGAAGAAGUCAAAAUCCUGUCUAGGAACAAGUCUGACUGGACUUCCGCCUCCGUUCGCAUCCAAACCGCACAGAGCAGGAAUCACCCAGAGCCAGCUGCUUGGUUCACUCCCAAAUCCUCUGACAGGAGAACCAUUGAGGAACAUUCAAGUUCUUCCUGCUAUUCCACCUCAGAGAAAACGCACCCCGUCACCUCUCACAACCCAUAUGCCUCACAAUCAACAACCUGAUGGAGAUUUGUUUUCUCACUGCUGAAACCAGAGAUGAGAUUUUAACAAGUUUUACAUUGAGAUAAUGUUCAUGUUUCAUUGGGUCAUAUGGGGGGGGGGUGGGGUAGAGAUUAGAUCAUGAUGAUGCUAACGGAAUCACUGUUUGAUAAAAUUUACCCUAACAAGCUAUUUUUCAUACAAUUUUACAAAUUUGAUCUUUUUGUAUUGUAUGCAUAAGGUUUAACUUCUACUGACACACUUAGGAUUCUUUCACACUAGCACUUUUGGUGCACACCCGGGUUCAUUUGAUGUCAAAGUUCGGUUAGUUUGGAUCAUGUGAACACUGUUUUCUGAACACAGAUGCAGUUCGCAGUUGCACACCCAAGUUCUGAAAACAGCGUCCGAUUGAAAAGGUGGAAUGGGGUAUGGUUUGUGUGAACUCUGGAAAGGAUCGCUGCUGAAAUUAACACAAUCGCCUUAAAUCGCAGAAGUAAACUGCUGUUGAUGGUAUAUUUUAUGCUCCCGAUCAGUAGUUAAUGUUAUUCUAUGAACAUGCACUAAGAUGCAUUUCUCCCAGAGGGGGCCUGGGUAGCUCAGCGAGUAUUGACGCUGACUACCACCCUUGGAGUCACGAAUUCUCUAGGGAGGGUACAGUCACAUGGGGUAACCUCCUCGUGGUCGUGAAUAGUGGUUCUCGCUCUCAAUGGGGCGUGUGGUAAGUUGUGCGUGGAUCGCGGAGUAGCAUGAGUCUCUGUGGUGUCGCUGCACAAUGAGCCACGUGAUAAAAUGCGUGGAUUGACGGUCUCAGAAGUCGAGGAAACUGAGACCAGAUUGAAGUGAGUAACAGCACCACCACGAGGACCAACUAAGUAGCGGGAAUUGGGCAUCCAAAUUGAUUUAUUUUUUUAUUUUUAUAAAAAUGUAUCAAAUUAAAUAUAUAAAUACGAACGUCGACAGGGGAUAAUGGGGUGGAAGCCGCUGCAGUAGGGGCUUCCUUGGGAGUUGUGGUUCACUUGGCUUCAGCAUGUGUAAGCCGGUGUGUUAAUGCGCCCCUGCUUUCUUACAUUUUAACCUAACAUCAGCAGAUUGGUGAAAAUGUUCUGACAUAUUAUUUUUCAGUGCUAUAUAUUGCUUAUUUUAGUGCUUUCUCUUAAAAAAAAAAUCCACUCAUCACAUUUGCAUGUUCUAUAUAUUUUUUAAAGUCAUAACCAGCUUACACCGGUGGGGCCUGUUGUCAUGAUUUCCCCACAAACCCACGGCCCUGCAUACUUCAAUACUUCACUUAACACAGUGAAGCUGACACCUCAUGUUUUAACCUAGUUACAGUAGUAAACAGCUGCCACUUGUACUCAUGUUAAUGAUGCAGUCGGACCGCGGUUUGGACCUAAAUAAUAUGACAGUCGGGGAAGGGAAGGAAAUUAACCCGGGUUUGUACCAAGCAUUCGAGUGUGAAAGCAACCUCAAACACGUGUUUUUUUUGUAAAUUGUUGCUAUGAA